AGAUCUUUAUGCAAGAUGCGCUUGGAGACCGGAUCUGGGUCGAGUCAGAACCCGCAAAAGCGUUUGUACAAAACAUUCUGACGGCGUUCGACAAUGCUGAAAAGACCUAUCCCGCCAUUGCGCCACGGCGAUCUGAUGGAAGCCAGCAGCAGCAGGCCCCAAUGGACGAUGGAAGUCUCGUCGAAGAUACAGCUGGUCGCGUGAUGCGCCGCUACCUGCCCAUCGAGCAGAACGAGUCGUUGCGUGUGAUGGUCGUGGCCAUGGUGCGCGAUCACUUGCUGCGAAUUGCAAACUCGUCCGCAGCGAACACUGGCACGCCGCUAUUGACUGCUGCGAGCCCAGUCAAGGACAUUGCUGCUGGCACUGUCUCUGCCAAUACUGGUGGCAAUGUCAUGUUGCAAUCGCGCGAGCGAGAAUCGCCCCGCAAUGCCAUCAAAGUGCUGCAGCUGCUGGCCGCGUCAGUACCAGAAGCGAGGGCGUUUGGCGCACACUGUGUCGAUGCGUGGCUCAAUCAUCCCACCCUGGCACGGUUUGCCCGGGAUCUCUUGACAAGUAUCGUGACGAACUGCACAACCAACCAAGAUCAGGUGGCCGCGCAGAGCAUCUUUUCCAUCAAGCCAACCUCGGCGAGCGUUUCGAAAAUGCUGAUUGAAACAUAUCGUCCACUGAUUGAGAAUCACUCCAAGUUUCCCAGCAUUGCCAUUCAGGUCGGCUUUCACUUUGAACUCCAGUACGCCAUCCAUUCCGAGGAAUUGUUGCGCUCGAUGGCCCCUGCCACGACAAUGUCGAGCGCCAUGCUAGAGAAGCAGCAGCUCAUUCAACUCCAAGCUUCCACUUCAUUGCAACUCGUCGGGACUGCGCUGCAAUGCAUGAAUCGAACCGGCGAGCGUAUUCUGGCCCCACUCAUGUACCAACGCCUUGCUGCCGCCUGUAAACUCGACGCUGGCAUUCACAAUGACGAGCUUCAUAAUCUCGCGGCAGUGGCGUCCUGGGAAGAGCUGCGCAGCGCCUUCCGGCUGCUCAUCCGCCGCUUGACCAAAUUACUCGCCGCAAACACUUUCAACGCGAUCGAGUUCAUGCGCGCAAUGCUUGUUGAAGUUACCGAGCGUCUCAGCGAGCGAAAUACCACAGAAGUGGACCUGUCCCCCGCCAGUGCAUCAGCAACUCGUCAGCGAAUCGUCUCUGCGGUCAUCGACUUGCUCGCGCUCAUCCAGUACACCGUUUCUCAGCCAGCCGCGGACGUGUUUUUGCAAAUGCCGUCGUGGAAUGCGACUGCGUUGUUGUUGGGCGCGGCAGGUAUGGGCACAUCGAAUGCCGCACAGGCAGUACUCGCGCUUCACGAGCACGGGCUCCCAACCCUCCACUGUGUUUCGGUGAUGCAGUCCGAGCUUGUUCGCUGGCUGUGCAGCACUACCACGCGCGUGGUGCAACUCCCGUCAACAUGGGUCAAACAAGAGGCAGGGUCUGCGGACGAAAAACCUCCCACACCCUUGAACAGCUUCUUGGCAAAUUGCGUCCAGCGCGCACUGUUACUCUUGCCAGUCGAGCAAUACAUACCAUCGACAACGGGACCCGCCUGCUUGCUGCAGCCGGCGCUCGUUCAGUCGCAACAAACGUCGUCUCAACUGCAACUGCAACCGCAAUCGCUGCUCCAGGACGACAAUAUUGAUCGCAAGUGCUUCCAACUGGUGGCGUCUGCCUCGUACGUUCACGAGGAGACACUCUUCUGGGUGGUUCGCCUCACCUCGAGUCCUGCCGAAGCAACACUAACGCAGUUUGAAGUGCUUGACAUUCUGGAAAAGCUGGUCACGCGUGGCGGCACGCUGCAGCAGCGCGUUCUGAGUCAGUACUUGCGCGCCCUGCCAGGCGUUCAGCAGCAGCACACAGCAUCGACUGCUAUUGCGACCGCGCCGGGGUUGGGCCUGUUGAUUGCGUCCAGUCAAGCAGCGGCUCUGGUGGAUCAAAUCCUGUUGCUCACCUUGCAUCCACUCCCGCGGGAGGCUCGGCUACCAGCGCAACUCCAGUCGGUUCGCUUUGCAAACACGGGCUCGUUUUGGCGUGCCAGUGUGCUCCUGGUCAUCAUGGCGUCGCUCAACAUGCCUACGUUUGGCCGAUUGGUCUGGAGCGAGCUUCCGACGCUGCGCUGCCUGAUGGAGAUGCUCUUGACCAAGUCGUUCCGUUUCCCAGCCGUGUCCUCUGCAGCGGCUGCAGGACCGGCGAGCAGCGCGGGCAUGCUUGCGGCUGAGCAAGGCAUCUUGACCACCGAGACCGCCGCCGUGCUGCAGCUGGAAGCGGCCUUGUUUGACGACACUCAUGUGCGCGCGGAAACGAGUCGACUCCUUCGACGCGUCAUGCUGUUUGACGUGCGAGGAGUGGCUCGCCAGCCUCCAGCGGACACUGUCCAAACGCUGGCGCAGCUGGGUGCCGAUUUGCAGGUCAGCUCGCUGCUGUGCCUGUGUCGCAGCCCAGACGUCAUUGUCGACGUCAUGGCACGAUCCUCCCCGGCACAGGUCCACGAAUGGCUUCGGCCAAUGCUGCAAAGCCACGAAGUUCAGCUCGUGAUGCUUCCGACCAAGUGUCUAUGUGAGCUGUUUGCCGCCGAGCCGAUGCCAUCCGUAGCGCAAGCGCGUCAGCAGCAGCAGCAGCAGCAGCAACAACCACAACAACCACACCCAGUCGCUCCAAAAUCUACUGCUCUGGCUUUCCAAGCCGCCGUCUCCGACCCGAAUGCGUGGCUAGACCCGUGGACGGGCUCGAGUGGCGAAGAUUCUGUCAGCCUCUUGACUCGGGCCGAGGUCGCUUCCCUGUCUUUCGACAGCAGUACCACGUUGCAAUCGAUGGCGACCGCCUUUUCGGCCAAUGGGUGGUAUCAUGCGCGAUUGCUGAGCCAUUUGCAGUCGUUGAUCUUGGACUCGGCUGGCGCAGCGUUCCAAAACACGAUGGAUAUUGUAGACUUUUUCCUCAAGCGCCUCAGCUCCGCCUCCGUCCAACAGCGACACUCUGCCCUUUGCGGCAUCGCGCUCCUGGUCCAAGGUGCCGCUGCCAUGCCGCGCUCACCGUCGGCUGCGGCAGUGCUGCCGACAACCGCCCUUGGUGGUGUCGCACAAGGGUUGCUCGAGCGUCUUCCUUCUCUGCCGCAAUUUGGCCUGCUUCGACCUCUGAUCUGGGAUGCAAUUCGAAAUGCACUUGGCGUGGAGAGCACCGUCGACGUGAUGUGUCAACUUCUCGCGUUUCUGAUUCGAUGGAUGGAGACUGGCGACUCGGCGCGAUUGGCACUGACGCUGUGCAGCGCAUUGAGCUCGCGACCCGCUCUCCUGGAGACCAUGCUGGCACGCUCACCAGAGACCGUGUCCAGCGUGCUUGGUCCAGUACUGCAGCAGUGCUUCGUACCCGACCUCCACGUGAAGUCGCUGCAGUCGCAGUCGCAGCCGCAUCCAAGCAGCCCAGCAUCUAUCCGAUCUGCGCUUGUGAAUGGCAUUGCCGUCCAGCGGCAUCCAUAUGCCGGCCAGGCGAUGUCUGCAUCGCUCGUGGCGUGGAGAACUUCAAACGAAGCCUGGGUGGUGAUGCCACUGGCGGUGGCGGAAGUUGGCAUUGCGAUGCUGGCUACGACAGACGCUUCCUCUCUUGCCGAUGCGACUCAGAAGGAGGUGAUGGAGAGGCUUGAAACCACAAUACUGGCCACCGACAACCGCCACCAACUCCACCCUAUCAACCUCGCGCUCACUCGGGAUGUUGGCUCUGACGACGACGACAACGACGACGCGUCGCCGCUGGGCGUACUGCUCCGCGGCAAGGCGGUCUGCACCAUUGUUCUGUCGAGCUCGAACGCGCGUCUCUUGGAUGUUCUUCUUGGUCGUGCAACUCUGGCAGACGCCCUCCGUCUGCUGGUCAUGCCGAACGUUUCUGCUAUGGCGGUUUCACGUCUCCUUGCAGUAUGCGAGGCCGCGUCUUCUGCGAGCCUGGAUCAUGCGCUAGAUGCGCUUGACGUUUCGAGAUUUUCUUCGUCUCAUGCGUUGCUUGACAACACCAGCAGCAGCAGCAACAACACUAACGGUGCAACCGACAUGGUCAUUGAUGAUGACGACAAACCAGCAGAACGCCCGUUGUCUGCUCAGAGCUUUGGGCACAGACACGCCCGCGAAGCCGCCAUUGAUGCGUUGUUCGCUGCUCUCGACUGUGUCGCUGCGCAAGGCGCGAAUGUGCCGCAUCCGCGCUUCGAAUCUUGGCUUUUAUCGCAUCAGCAACAAUCCUCGGCUCCCUCGAGCUCUAACAAAGCCACUCACGGCACAACGAUGGUUGUUGAUGCGCCUGAUAAUCUCAACGGCCUGGCAGCUGCCAGCUCGACUGCUGCCAACGAGGUUGUGGAUGAAGUCAUGACCGCAGUUGCUUCUCCUGGCGCAUUUGCGCUGCGUGGCAAAACGCGCACCACUGUCGACGAUGCUGUCUCCGGUCCAACGGUUGCCGAUCUGCUUCAGGCCGUGCAGCAAGCACGUUCUCGUCGCGACCACCCCAGCAAAGUGCGCAUACUUGACGUGGCAGUCAAAGUUGCAGCCGCGUGUCGGAGCCACCAGCGCCUGUUUUCGCCAGACGAGUUGCCAGCAUUGCUCAAUGGGAUGCCUGACAUUGUCUCGUCGCUGAGCGUUGACGCCAAGGCCACUGGCACGCUUGAGUCAAUCGUGUCGAGCGUCUUGUUGGCGUUUUUGAGCGUCGCCACUCCAGCGCAUCGAGCGACCGCCUUGUCGGAGGUGGCAACGCAGUUGUUGGCUAUUCUGCAGGCUGCCACCGCUGCAACACAAACAACCACGACUGCGGCCCGGAAAAUGACCGCCCUGGUCGCGUUCAGUGGCAUGGUGGCAGAGGUGCUGGGGCUCCUGGACGUGGACUUGCGGCGAGCUCAGUUGGCUCUCGUCGCGCCAGCGAGCGGGACUCUCGUGUCGAAAGCCAGGCAGCUCAUGCCUGCGGCCUUCAUUCAUGAAAUCACGACAAGCUCGCUUCACAACACGUCUUGGGAUGCCGUGCUGACGCUGACACAUCAGUUGCUUCGAAGCGCCGGUCGCCACGCGUGGCCUCCAGCCGCCAUCCUCGAGUAUGCCCUCGCGACCACCAGACACCCUCGCUUGUGGAAGUUUGGAACCGGCGCCGAACGAGGCGUGGCACACAUUUUCACCCAGACGAUUUUGUUCGACAGCGAUCAUGCUGUGGCACUUGCCCGACUGACUUGCGACGUGGCGGGUAGCUGUCUCUCGACGGCACACUCGACAAUGCGGCUCGCUGACGCACAUGCCUUUGCCAGUUCGCAUUUGCAACGCUACUUGCCGCUCAUCGCUUAUGCAGCGCGAGGUGCAGAUGGUGAGAUUGUGCUCCCGACGCUUUCUGCUGUUUUGAGCGCGUUGGAACGGAUCAGCUCCAACCGCCAGGGACGCGUGGCAGACCAUCAUGUGCUGGCGGCGCGCGCCCUGCUCGCUCUCUUGUAUUUCGCCCUGCCGCUAGAGUUUGUCCGCGCUCGAGGAGAUGCUCCUCUGGCCGCAACAAACGCGUUUGUCCUUGAGGUGAUUCGCACGUGUCCCGUUGGGCUGAUGCCGCAGACCAGCUCGCUCGACGGCCAACUGCACCGACUGUUGACUGCGCUGGUGCAUCCCCGGCUUUCCUUUUCGAAUCGCGCACGAAUGAUGCUUCAGCAGCAACAGUUCCAGCAAGUCCACUCGGAUUCGACUGCGUCGGAAGAUGCAGCGGACGGCCCUGCCGCGGAGGCAGAAGCAGCAGCAGGCAACUUUUUCGAGCAACCCCCGUCAUCAGCCCAGGCGGCCCUGGCAUUUGCAUCGUGCUGCACGUUUGCACGUCGAGUGCCACUAUUGAUGCAGCGUGCCAUUCAAGCAACGUUGAUUCCACAUCUGCGCGGCUUGUGCCAGGUGGGCAGUGUCGACGAUCUGCUGGCACGCCGUGGACCGAGGCUGCUCAGCCAUGCCCUGAGCCUGGUGACGCUUCUCAGUCCUCUCGGCGAUCAUUACACUGAUCUGGCUUUCCAGCGGGGUGCGUCGUCCGUCGCUGCUGCUCCCAUCGGAGUGCAAGUUUUGGACAUUGUGAUGAACUGUGCCAUGCUGAAUGCAGCAGUGGACUCGAUCGAGUCAAAGGACGCGUCCCUGCAGAGUGGGCCUGCUCGACUGAGUGGCCGUGGAGACGUUCGUCUGCUUGGCAUUGUUCGCACAUUGGCCGAAAGUUUGCAGGGCUGGAUGACUGACGGCGAAGCAAACCUCUGGUCGAGCGGGCUGAUGGAUCGGUAUUCUGCGCUUGUCAAUUUGAGCGAGGCGUUCUGCACGUGUCAAGAACUGGCAGCCGUGGUUCGCGCGUUGUCCCAGAUUCGGGAAGGCAGCGCCGAGACGGUUGUUGUAGCGGGCACGGCGUUGCAACAAGCGUUGGACUGCAUCUCAAGCGCAACUGCGGCGCUUCACGACGCCGGCCACAAUCAGUCCGUGCCCAUCUUGGAGCUCGGACCGGCAUUGCUUGAUGCGCUUGCGGCGAUCGACCAAAGCUCUGUCGACCACGCAACCUUGCUCGAGCCAAUCGUUCCCGAGUUACUUUCGCUUGUGACCCGAUCGUCCGAGCUUCUGGGUGGCGCCACCUCACACGAUCGAGACGUUGUCCUGACUCCUCGGCUGUUUGCUUGCCGUUUGCUACUGCGGUUUGUGCGCCACUCGCCCGCGUCCAUGACCAGCCAGAUGGUGACGCGCCAUUUCGCGCAACUCCUGGCAGGCGAGCGAGGCCCCAUUGUCGAUGACCUGAUUCAAGAUGUAGCUGCGAUUUCCGCCGAGUUUAUCGCCCUUGAUUCUGACUCGUCAGACCUCAUGCUCGCUCUGCUACACCACCCGUCGAGCAAUUCUCGAAGCAUUCAGCGUGCUUUUGGAUUGCUUGGAUUGUAGUCUGCUCGCGCUUCACCCCAAUUCGGCUUCACACUCUUGGAAUUCAAUCGUUGUCACCAAUGCUCUCAUUCAUUAUAGGAGGCAGCAGCUGGUUCUUGAGUUUUGCUUUCGUUGUGUACAAUUUGUGUACUUGUACUUUUUCUAGAUUUGAG